AUGGAUAAAACAGUAAUAAUUAUAGGUGGUGGUAUAUCAGGACUUGCAUUAGCACAAGGAUUGUCAAAUAAUGGUAUUAAAUUUAAAAUAUUUGAAAGAGAUGAAGCAAUAAAUUUCAGAGAUCAAGGUUACAGAGUUCGUGUAUCACCAGAAGGUUCAAAUGCAUUAAAAACGAUGUUAAGUGAAGAUUUAUGGAAUUUAUUUAAGGAUUCAUGUGCACGUACAACAUUUGGUAUGUCAUCAAUUAAUGCAAUCGAUGGUAAACUUUUAAAAAGGGCACCUAAUUUCUCACCAGUUGGAAAAUCAUCAAUGGAUGAAAAUAUGGUUUUCUCAGCCGACAGAACCAAUUUAAGAAAUCUCCUAACAUUAACAAUUGAAAAUCAUAUUGAAUAUAAUAAGAAAUUCAUUAGAUAUGAAUUAAUUAACUAUGGUGGUGGUGGUAGUAAAGUUGUAGCACAUUUUUCAGAUGGUACAAGUUUUGAAGGUGACUUAAUCGUUGGUGCGGAUGGAGUGAAUUCAAAAGUGAAAAAACAAUUAAUACCACAAUGUAAGACCUUUGAUACCAAUGGUAGAUUCAUAUUUGGUAAAACUGAAAUUAGUAAUCAUAUUUUAGAUACUUUACCAGCAUCGGCAAUGGAAUGGAUAACAACUGUAAAUGAUGCUGAGAAGGGCUUGAUGAUAUUUAUGGAACCAAUUAAAUUCAAACCAAUUAAUAGUAAACUUCCAGAUGGUUGUUCAAAAUUCUCACCAGAAACUACGGAUUACAUCUAUUGGGUAUUAUUAGGACAAGCUCAAGCAUUUGAAAAAUCAGAUGAAGAACUCUUUAAAAUGAGUCCAUCUCAAUUAAAAGAACAUCAAUUACAUUUAGUUAGAAAUUGGGACCCAAGAUUUCAAGAAAUUAUUAAAUCUUCAUUUGAUAAUAAAUCUUGUUAUUUAGGUGUAACUUCAUCAUUUCCUGAUAUUUAUCAAUGGGAAACUAAUGAAAAUGUAACCUUAAUUGGUGAUGCAGUUCAUAAUAUGUCUCCAACUGGUGGUGCUGGAGCUAAUACUGCAUUACAAGAUUGCCCAAUUUUAUUGGAUGCUAUUAAAAAUGGUUUAAAAAAAGAAGAUUUAAAUCAAUAUGAAGCUAAAAUGAGAUUAAAUGCAAAACCAAAUAUCGAAGGAAGUUUAAUGGGUGCUAAAAGAUUAUAUAAUUUUAAAUCGAUUGAAGAAUGUAAAGUUAUUGAUCAAUAA